AUGGAGAUCAAUGCGAUGCGAAAAUCGCAUAGGAUCUGUGACUCUUCCGUCUCCAAGUUCAUCCGGCUCGAGCCUUGUCGGCCCGAUGAGCGUGUCUAUAUGGGGGGUCCUUCUGACCCUCCUUUCUUUUAUGUGUACCAGUUUGCACCCCAACAGUUGGGUGUUUUUGCGGGAUUUUCAAGUCCUAUGUUCGGCCUUGGGGAUAGAGGCUGGGGGUCUAUUUUCGAACUGGAUUCCUCUCAGCCCAAGGAUGAAAAUUCCCAUUACCACCUAAAAGUCGCAGCUGAGCUUUUGAUGUGUGAUGAGAAGUCCCUUGAAGCCUCUUUCUGCAAACGUGUUAUGGUGACUCGUGGUGACACCAUAACAAAAUCGCUUGAUCCAACUUCUGCAGCUCUCAGUAGAGAUGCAUUGGCUAAAAUAGUUUAUUCAAGGCUUUUUGACUGGAUUGUGGACAAGAUUAACAACUCUAUUGGGCAAGAUCCAGAUUCAAAUAACUUGAUCGGGGUUCUAGAUAUAUAUGGAUUUGAGAGUUUCAAGACAAACAGCUUUGAGCAAUUUUGUAUCAAUUUGACAAAUGAGAAAUUACAGCAACAUUUCAACCAGCAUGUCUUCAAAAUGGAGCAAGAGGAAUAUACAAAGGAAGAGAUUGAUUGGAGUUAUAUCGAGUUCGUUGAUAAUCAAGAUGUUCUUGAUCUCAUAGAGAAGGGCCAAAAUGCAUUUACUAGAUCACGGGGUGGUCUUCCAGUUGGAGAUGGAAUAUCUUUGAAUUCUGGUGUGCAUUCUGUUUCUGGUGUGAAUCGUGUUGUGGGGGGUGGAGUUGAAAAGUUUGUUUCAGUUUUUUUCAUUUUCUUUACAAAAACAACUUUAUUCGGAAAAAAAAAAUUGUUUGCUGAGGUUUUAGUGGCCACACUUAUAUUUGUUGCACUCUUGGAUUUGACUAGUUAGAAUAUCCACUUGUGUUUUGAUACUUAUUUUUGGU